AAGCGAGCAAUCGGAAGGCGGACGGCGCCCCCUGGAGGCGGCCGCGGCGGGGGAUUUCCUGGGCGGAAGCGGCGGAGGCGGAGGGGGUUUCCACUGGUGACCCGAGAACCGAACCUCGUCGUCGUCGUCGUCGCCGUCGUCGUCACCCCCCCCCCCCCCCGACGCCCUGACCGGAGCGCCGUACCGUCCGCUCGCCCCUCGGCCCGCUUGUCGUUCCCGGCGUGGGCGAGGAGCGGAGAGGAAGCCUCGGAGGCGGACCAUGAGGAAGCCAGCCGCAGGUCGGCGGUUCGAGUCCCGCAGAGAGGCGCCGAGGAGCGCCUGAGCUGAUUCAUGUCAUGUCAGCCGGACGCAGCGUCGACGGGAGGGAGGUGCAACUGGCCCUCCAGCAGGCGGCGCCCUCCCUCGUCCCGCCCCUGUCCGCGGCGCCUCCCGCUGUCCCCGCCCCGAACCGGCCGGCCAAUCCCUGGCCUCCGAGCGACGUUUCGCAAGGUGCGGCGGCGGGCUUCCUGCCGCAGGACGGCGGCUUCACGGAUCGCUUCGUGGACGUCCCCGAGGAGAAAUAUCGCUGCGAGUCGUGCCGGCUGGUCCUGUGUCAGCCCCGGCAGACCGAGUGCGGCCAUCGCUUCUGCCAGAGCUGCAUUGCGCGCAUACUCAGCCGUCCCAACCCGGUGUGUCCGGCCGACGCCGAAGCGCUCUUCAGCAACAAGAUAUUCCGGGACGUUUGCUGCCAUCGGGAAAUCCUGGCGCUGAAGGUGUACUGUCGGGCCGAAGCCAGAGGCUGCCGGGAGCGGACCAGCCUGCAGCAGAUGCCCGAGCACCUGAACGUGUGCCCCUUCUUCGAGGUGCCGUGCCCACUGGGCAAGUGCAAGGAGAGGAUGAUGAGGAAGGACAUCCCCGAGCACCUCGCCCGCAAGUGCAAACAUCGAGAGACCGCCUGCGACUUUUGCCUGGCCAAGAUGCCGCUCGCCGACCUGCAGAAGCACAAGGAGACGGUGUGUCCCGCCUUCCCGGUGUCGUGCCCAAACCUUUGCUCCUUCUCAUCGCUGCCCCGGAGCGAGCUGCCCAGUCACCAGCACGAGUGUCCUAAAGCUCAGGUCAGCUGCCCCUUCCAGCGCUACGGCUGCGCCUACAAGGCGCUGAGCCCGGAGGUCCGCCAACACGAGGCCGCUUGCGCCGCCGAGCACCUGAGGAUGAUGAUGCUGAAGAACGUCUCCUUGGAGAGCAAGGUGGACGAGGUGAAGGCCGAGCUGCUGGACAAGUGCAAAUCGGUUCCGCUGGUCACUUCCCGUCUCUGCGAGGCUGAGAAGCACAACGGCGAGCUGAGGGACAAGCACAGACACGUGGAGCAGAAGGUGGCGUCCAUGCAGAAGGUGAUGAGCGCUCACUCCGAGAAGCUUCUGGAGGCGGAGCUGGAGCUUCGGUCUCUGGCGUCGCUGCGGGACGAGCUGGACAAAGUCCGCCUGUCGCUGGACGCCGUCCGCGGCAGGCUGGGCGCCCUGGAGCAAGGGGGCCGCUCCGGAGCGGGGACGCUCACCCUGGCCUCGCUGGAGACGCAGCAGAACCGCCAGGGCGACAUGCUGAGCGUCCACGACAUCCGGCUGGCCGACAUGGACCUGCGCUUCCAGGUUCUGGAGACGGCCAGCUACAACGGAACCCUCAUCUGGAAGAUCCGCGACUACAAGCGGCGGAAACAGGAAGCGGUGGCGGCCAAGACGCUUUCGCUGUACUCGCAGCCCUUCUACACGGGAUACUUCGGCUACAAGAUGUGCGCCCGCGUCUACCUGAACGGAGACGGCAUGGGCAAGGGCACGCACCUGUCGCUCUUCUUCGUGGUCAUGCGCGGCGAGUACGACGCCCUCCUGCCGUGGCCCUUUAAACAGAAGGUGACGCUGAUGCUGAUGGACCAGGGUCCGGCCCGCAAGCACCUGGGCGACGCCUUCAAGCCGGACCCCAACAGCAGCAGCUUCCGCCGUCCCGCCGCGGAGAUGAACAUCGCCUCCGGGUGUCCGCUGUUCGUCUCGCAGAGCGUGCUGGAGUCGGCCAGCUACAUCAAGGACGACACCAUCUUCAUCAAGGUUACCGUGGAUACUUCUGACCUCCCUGAUCCGUGACCGUGGGCCGUGCGACUCGGGAGGAGCCCGUUCCGGACGACCGACGGCGGGAGGGCGUGUCUUCCUUCUUCCGAUCGGCCGCUUGUGCGCGCGCGCGACACGCGCCGAACGAAGACUCUUGUGCCGCCGCCGCCGCCGCCUUACCGAUGCUGUGCGUCGAGCUUGACUUCCCGUUUGGCAAGGCAUGCUGGGAAAUGCACACCAGGAGCCGAGGACGAGUUGCGCCGGCGUGGAGGCGCCGCUCGCCGCGCGUCACGCGGUCGCGGCGGCGCCGAUGUCGCGCGUCCGGACCUUCCUGCGUGGAAAAAAGAAAGACUUGCGGGUGUUGUUUUUGUUGUCGUGUUCGCCAGGAAUAAAGCAAAUUCCCUACGGCGCAUUCCCUCACUUUUCUUUCUCACGUUGUUCGUGACAAGAUGGAAUUAAAGUCGGACUGUGGACGUGA